UGGUAAUCGAUUAGCCUCGACUUGUUGUCUGCAAUGAUGGCUGGGAAAUCAAUCGUCGAUAUCAUUUAAUGUUUUUUCCUGUUUGUGUAGCGUUUGAUGAACAGUCGUGCAAUGGACCGUCUAACGCCUUUUGCAAACGAUCCUUUUGACAAGCCACCGUGCAGAGGCUGCUCCUCCUACCUGACAGAACCUUACAUCAAGUGCGCAGAAUGUGGGCCGUCACCUGUCUUACUGUGCCUCCAGUGCUUCACCAGAGGAUUCGAGUACAAGAAACAUCAGAGCGAUCACAAGUAUGAAAUAAUGACGUCAGACUUUCCAGUCUUGGAGCCUGGCUGGUCAGCACAAGAGGAGAUGGCGCUAUUAGAAGCUGUCAUGGACUGUGGCUUUGGAAAUUGGCAAGACGUUGCUUACCAAAUGCGCACAAAAAGCAAGGAGGAAUGUGAGAACCACUACAUGAAGAACUUCAUCAACAACCCGCUUUUCUCCUCCACGUUACUCAGCCUGCGGAAGACAAAAGAUUCCCACUUUGCAGAUGGUGCCAUUCCCUUUAAACCUACUGAUGAUCCCCCACGGCCCACGUUUGACUCGGUGUUGUCUCGGGACAUGGCAGGGUACAUGCCCGCCAGAGCAGACUUCAUGGAGGAGUUCGACAACUAUGCUGAGUGGGAUCUGAAAGACAUUGACUUUGUCGACGAUGACUCUGACAUUCUACGUGCGCUCAAGCUUGCCGUCGUCGAUAUUUAUCAUUCACGACUGAAGGAGAGGCAGCGGAGAAAAAAGAUUAUUCGGGACCACGGACUUAUCAACCUUCGCAAAUUUCAAAUGCUGGAGCGCUGUUACCCCAAAGAGGUGCAGGAGCUGUACGACGCCAUGCGGCGCUUCGCCAGAGUGACGGGACCCACGGAGCACGACAAGUUCAUUGAAAGCCACGCGCUGGAGUUCGACCUGAGGAAGGAGAUCCGCCGGCUGCAGGAGUACAGGAAGGCCGGCAUCAAGUCUUUCUGCGGCGCUAAAGUGUACGAGCGGGUGAAGAGGAUGCGCGAGGACGAGCGGCGGAAGAGGACCAUGCUGUGUGACGUGCUGCAGUACAUCCAAGAUGGCCGAGCGUGUCAGCAGUGGCUCAGCAAACAAGCCGCCAUAGACGCUGGCGUCACUCCUCCUGUCACAACAAUCACAGUUUCAGCGACGGGCAGAAGGAGCGCCCCCCCGCUGAACCUGACCGGCCUCCCGGGCACGGAGAAGCUGAACGAGCGGGAGAAAGAGCUGUGUCAGGUGGUGCGUCUGGUGCCGGGGGCGUACCUGGAGUACAAGCAGGCGCUGCUCAACGAGUGCCGGCGACAGGGAGGGCUGCGGCUGGCGCAGGCUCGGGCGCUGAUCAAGAUCGACGUGAACAAGACGCGGAAGAUUUACGACUUCCUCCUCAAAGAAGGAAGCAUCACCAAAGCCUGAGAGGGCUUCUCCGCUCCCGGUCAUGGAGUCGCAGGUUGAAUUCCAGGAACCUCUGCUGGGACUCUCGCCGCCAUCUUGGCAGCAAACUCCACAAAAUCAAAACACUGUUUUAAUGUUUUAUUGUGUUGUUGUUGUUGUUGUCCAGAAUGAUGCUGCUCUGUUGAAGAAGUAUUGAUCUUGAUGUCUAGGAUUUAGUAGAGAUUAACAUUAAACCACUUUCAAGC